AUGGCGGGCGGCGGAGCUGGGGACCCCGGCCAGGGGGCGGCGGCGGCGGCCGCCGCGGCGCCCGAGACCCGCGAGCACCUCUUCAAGGUGCUGGUCAUCGGCGAACUCGGCGUGGGCAAGACCAGCAUCAUCAAGCGCUACGUCCACCAGCUGUUCUCCCAGCACUACCGGGCCACCAUCGGGGUGGACUUCGCCCUCAAGGUCCUCAAUUGGGACAGCAGGACGCUAGUGCGCCUGCAGCUGUGGGACAUCGCGGGACAGGAACGGUUUGGCAACAUGACCCGAGUAUAUUACAAAGAAGCUGUUGGUGCUUUGGUCGUCUUUGAUAUAUCGAGAGGCUCCACAUUUGAAGCCGUUUUAAAAUGGAAAAAUGAUCUGGAUAGUAAAGUCCACCUUCCAAACGGCAGCCCUAUUCCUGCUGUUCUCUUAGCUAACAAGUGUGACCAGAAAAAGGACAGUGGCCAGAAUCCGUCUCAGAUGGACCAGUUCUGCAAAGAACAUGGCUUUACUGGAUGGUUUGAAACCUCUGCAAAGGAUAACAUAAACAUAGAUGAAGCAGCCCGGUUCCUAGUGGAGAACAUUCUUGCAAACCACCAAAGCUUCCCCAGUGAAGAAAACGAUGGCAGAAUUAAACUGGAUGAGGAGACCAUGAAAAAAGAGAACAAGUCCCAGUGUUGCUGA